GUUUUCGUUGGGGGAAGGGAGGGUCUGGUGGGGAGUGCGAUUAGAAGGGAUUUUCUAAUUUUCUGGCAUUCUAAAAUUUGGCACUCAAGAUGGGAGACAGAAAAAUCAGGAAAAAAGACUGUGUGAGGCUGUCAAACAAGAUCAUCGAAAGAUGCCAGCUGUCAGUUCCACCUGUCACCAACAUUAGUGACAUCCGGUCCAACCUGUUCACCAGCCUGCUGGAAGUCCUGUGUGGUCAGCUUCCAGAAGGCGUGCUCCGCGAGCCGGUCGGCGACGAAGAGGAGGCUGCCAACGUACAGGCCAUCAUCAACCACCUGGCGCUGGACCUGAUUAACGUCGACCUCUCGCACAUCUCGGGCGCCAACAUCAUCGCCGGCGAUCCGCACAAGUGGAACCUGGAGGAGAGUCUGACGGAAACGGAGGAGGAGCUGAGCAGCGCGGGCUCCUCCUCGGAGGAGCCGCCCCCGGACGGGCAGGACGCGGUGCCAGCCGACGACGCCGCCCCGGUGAGCCCGCCCGCCGCCGGGAGCUGGGCGAUGAGGGGCCCAGCGACGGGAACCUAG